GGUCGCUAGCGGGCGGCAGGCGGCGGUGUUCCAGUCUUCCUUACUCCUCACAGCUUAGGCGCGUCGGCCUCCUGCCAGUCCCACUCCAGAUGAAGUGUGAGCACUGCACACGAAAGGAAUGUAGUAAAAAAUCAAAAACUGAUGACCAGGAGAAUGUGUCCAGUGAUGGGGCCCAGCCAAGCGAUGGGGCCAGCCCAGCCAAGGAGAGUGAAGAGAAGGGAGAGUUCCAUAAAUUGGCUGAUGCAAAAAUAUUUCUGAGUGACUGCCUGGCAUGUGACAGCUGUGUGACUGUGGAGGAAGGUGUCCAGCUUUCUCAGCAGAGUGCCAAGGACUUCCUUCAUGUCCUGAAUCUUAAUAAGAGAUGUGAUACCUCAAAGCACAGAGUUCUGGUUGUGUCUGUGUGUCCUCAGUCUCUACCUUAUUUUGCUGCUAAAUUCAACCUCAGUGUCACUGAUGCAUCUAGAAGGCUGUGUGGCUUCCUCAAAAGUCUUGGGGUGCACUAUGUAUUCGACACCACAAUCGCUGCAGAUUUCAGCAUUCUGGAGAGUCAGAAGGAGUUUGUACGCCGGUAUCACCAACACAGUGAGGAACAGCGUGAACUGCCCAUGUUGACCUCUGCCUGUCCUGGUUGGGUCAGAUAUGCUGAGCGGGUGCUGGGUCGCCCCAUCAUCCCAUAUCUCUGUACCGCCAAGUCCCCCCAGCAGGUCAUGGGCUCCUUGGUGAAGGAUUACUUUGCCAGGCAGCAGAAUCUGUCUCCAGAGAAAAUCUUCCAUGUUGUCGUGGCUCCUUGCUAUGAUAAGAAGCUGGAAGCUCUUCGAGAGGGACUUUCCACUACUUUAAAUGGUGCUCGGGGCACUGACUGUGUGCUGACAUCAGGUGAAAUUGCUCAGAUAAUGGAGCAAAGUGACCUCUCUGUGAAAGACAUUGCUGUGGAUACUUUGUUUGGAGACAUGAAGGAGGUGGCAGUCCAGCGUCAUGAUGGAGUGAGUUCAGAUGGGCAUCUGGCUCACGUUUUCAGACACGCAGCCAAGGAGCUGUUUGGCGAGCACGUGGAGGAGAUCACCUACCGUGCACUCAGGAACAAAGACUUCCAUGAGGUUACCCUUGAGAAGAACGGGGAGGUCCUACUGCGCUUUGCUGCAGCGUACGGCUUUCGCAACAUUCAGAACAUGAUCCAGAAGCUCAAGAAGGGCAAACUCCCAUACCACUUUGUGGAGGUGCUCGCGUGUCCCAGAGGUUGCUUAAAUGGCAGAGGCCAAGCACAGACAGAGGACGGCCACACAGAUCGUGCACUGCUGCAGCAAAUGGAAGGGAUCUACUCCGGCAUCCCUGUGCGGCCCCCAGAGAGCAGUACACAUGUGCAGGAGUUGUACCAGGAGUGGCUGGAGGGUACUGAAUCUCCCAAAGUCCAGGAGGUGCUGCACACCAGCUACCAGAGCUUGGAGCCCUGCACAGACGGCCUGGAUAUCAAGUGGUGACAAAGCCUGAAGGGCAGGAGGGGACAGCUCUGAGUGGAGAGUGGUGGGUGCUUCAAGGAACAACAGGUCCCUACAGCUUUGCCAGCGCUUCAGGACACAGUUUUCAUGUGGUGCUAUCUUUGUAGUGUGUGAGGGAGUGGAAUGUUUGCACAUGGGAGAGGUAUUUUCCCUCUCUGCGUAGCCUUUCAUCCCAAGAUUGUGAGAAAGAUCCCAAAGAGGCCAGGGACAGAUCCCUGAUUUGCAGGUUUAAAAAAAAAAAUCAAGAUGUGUUUUUAGAGAACCAAGACCCAGGGGUUGUGAUCCACGAGCCUAAGAUUAUUGCUGCAGAAAUGGAGGCAUCAGGAAGGCCAGGCUGCUGUACAGUGGAUAACUAUGGCCUUCAGAGAGGCCCAGUCUUCUGGCCCAAUUUGGCUCUUUCAUUUGUAUACAUUUUUUUAAAAAUAAUUUUGAAUUCUAGGGCCAGCAAGAUGGCUUAUUGGUACCACCAUUAGUUUGAUCCAUGGAGCCCACAUGGUGGAAGGAGAGACCAACGCCUACAAGCUAUCCUCUGACUUUCACACAGGCACAUGGCAUGCAUAUGUACCACCGAGACCACACCCCGAAAAUAACCGUAAAGAAAAUUACACUAGUUUUAAGUCAUAGUAACAGUGAGCCAUAUUUUUUAUAGUCCUUGAAGGCCGGCAGUCAUUACAGCCCUGGGCCACUGGUGUGCCUGAGUCAUUCUUUUACUUGACCUGCCAUCAGCGUUGAGCUGGACUCACCUCAGAAGAAAGGCUGCUGAGAAUGGCAUGCAUCACACCCUGCAUUUGAUGCAAUGUAUAUUUAAAAAUAAACAAGUAGAGAAUUAAGAGGGUGGCCCACCUAGGCUUUGGGGUUCUAAGGGUGGUGCAGCUCAUAGUUACUGCUGUGGGGCCGGAAGACAGAGCUGAGGCUCCGUGGACCCUGGAAUGGGUGAACCAGCUUUGUAAUGUCCAGCCUCCUCUAAACUCCUCCCCAGUGCCUUUUCAUACAAAUAGGCCUGGAGCACCUCCUCUCCUCCACAAAGCCCACUGGUCUGGGAUAGCAUCCCUUCAGCCCUCACUAUGCUAAUGCGAGCAUGCCUUAGGGGAAACAGUAUGUCCACACACAGAAAUAGCUGCCCGAUGGUGAAAUUCACAAAAUCAUGUGACACAUACUAGAUAGAGUCCACCCAGGAGAUAAAGGGGUUUGAUGAAGCCCCUGAAUUUUGCUCAGUGUGUGACUGCCUUGACCCUUAGUACUGUCAGCUCUAUCACAGUCCCACAUGCCUCAUGUCUUGGUCUUCCUGUGAGUCUGUCUAGGAGUGUAACUGGAUAUGUUAUUGUAAACCAGUGGUUCUCAACUUGUGGGCUGUGUCCCCACAAAGGGGUCACAUAUCAGAUAUUUACAUUAUAAUUCAUAACAGUAGCAAUACUACAGUUAUGAAGUAGCAACAGAAUAAUUUUAUAAUUGUUGGGGGGGUCACCAGAACAGAAGAAACUAUUAAAGGGUCACAGCAUAGGAAGGUUGAGAACCACUACUAUAAAUUAUGAUUUUUUUUUUUUUUUUGCUUUCAGUCUAUAUGCCUUGGGUAUCCAUCCCCAAAGUAACUGGUUAUGGAAUAAACAAUGCAAUGGGGUCUUGAGUGUGGCAUUGAAGGAGUCAGCUGUUCUCCUGUCCUGGACUACACCCCGCAGUCCGCCUCCCUCACCAGGCCCCAGCCUGGGUGAUGAUACCUUUUUCCCAGUCCCUCUCUAAUAGGUCAGGAGAAGGUUCAGAACACGGGGAGUCAGCGUGGGAAGGGACUGACUUCCUGCAAACUUCAUGGCACCACCCAUGAUAGCAACAUAGGCUAGGGGCUAAGAUGUGAGAUCUAUGACCUUCUGUUUCACUGAUGCUAGGCCGUGGCCCUGUGAGCUUUUCAAGACUACAGGUGCCUUUCUGUCCCAGCACUUGGAGCCAGAGGCAGGUGGAUCUCUGUGAAUUAGAGGCUAGUCUAGGUUACAGAGUGAGUUCCAGGACAGUCAGGAAUACAUAGAGCAACCCUGCCUUAUCCCCCAACUCCCUCCCCCCUAAAAACAAAGCCCAAAGCAAUGGAAGUAUGAAGUGAGCAAGUUCUUGACAGACAGGACCCAGUCAAAGCAUCACGACAGUCAGAGUGGACAACGUACGCUGGUGCAGGCAUGAGGGGCAUAACCCAAGCUCCUAUCUGCCCAGUGCUCUGUUGUACCAUGCUUCUGCUCUGCUUGGGCAGAGGCCCAAUCUUAGUUUGAUUCCUACCUGGCCCGAGCUGUAUGGGUUUGCACUACUGUGGGUAACCGUGCUUCUACAUGAUGAGAUUCUGUCUCAAAGACUAAAUUUGGUUUCUGUUACAGGUAAUUUAGAAAUAGUUCUGUCAGGGCUUGUGCCAUAGUUCAGGAGCAGGGCGUGUGCCUAGCAUCCAUGGGCACCACAUUCGUUCUCAAGAUCCACAGUAGCAGAAAGUGACAGGGAGGAUUGCUGCAUUCUUUAGUACGUUGUUUGGACUGCUGUUAAGAUCUGACUCAGUGUGUGCCUUACCCAUUACUGGUCGACAUGUGGGCUUCCCAGGUGCAUCACAGGUGAGCCAACCACAGGGUUUGGGGUUGCAGCUGGCAGCUAGGCUGCAGGCGCUGCCCUGGGUACACCACUCACCUGAGGGGCACAGCUGGCCGGAAGGGUAAUCAGGAAGUGUGGCUCCUUUUCCACUUGGCAUAUUACAUAUGGGGCUCCCUCCUGCAUCUAGAGAUGGGAAACUGCCUGAAGAACUUACUCUGGUUUACCAUUUGAGAGAGUGCAGUCAUUUAUGUCAGAGAAGACACCUCGCAUCUCACUACUCAUGAAGCACCGUCUCUUCUGUGGAUUCACGGCUCAGCUUGUAAACAUUGAGUUGAAAUGGAAGAUUUAUUAUGAUUUUUA